CUGAAACCAGGACGGGCCAGGGGCUGCCUCGGCGCAGACAGUGCACCCGCGUAUCGCGUCAUGACAGGACAGGGGAGCGCCCCGCGGGUGGACUGAGGCAGCUUCCAUGGUGGGACAGCCUUCACCAUGAGCUCUUUCAGUCUCAUAUGGCAGCAAAAACAGCUGGUAUGCCCUCCCAACUGCCUGACAGUGAACAGAAUCAAAAAAAAGAUAAUACUCGUUCUUUAACCAUGUCUGGCCAUGUGGGUUUUGAGAGUUUGCCUGAUCAGCUGGUCAACAGGUCGAUUCAGCAAGGCUUCUGCUUUAAUAUCCUCUGCGUGGGGGAGACUGGAAUUGGAAAAUCAACGCUGAUUGACACAUUGUUUAAUACUAACUUUGAAGACCAUGAGUCCUCACAUUUUUACCCACAUGUUAGACUUAAAGCUCAGACAUAUGAACUCCAGGAAAGUAAUGUUCACCUGAAAUUGACCAUCGUGAAUACGGUGGGCUUUGGUGACCAGAUAAACAAAGAAGAGAGCUACCAACCGAUAGUUGACUACAUAGAUGCUCAGUUUGAGGCCUAUCUCCAAGAAGAACUGAAGAUUAAGCGCUCUCUGUUUAACUACCAUGACUCCCGCAUCCACGUGUGCCUGUACUUCAUCUCGCCGACGGGCCACUCCCUCAAGACCCUGGAUCUCCUGACCAUGAAGAGCCUUGACAGCAAGGUGAACAUUAUACCAGUGAUUGCCAAAGCAGAUGCAAUUUCUAAAACUGAAUUACAGAAGUUUAAGAUCAAGCUCAUGAGUGAACUGGUCAGCAACGGUGUUCAGAUAUACCAGUUCCCAACAGAUGAUGAAACUAUUGCCAAAAUCAAUGCUUCAAUGAAUGGACAUCUGCCGUUUGCUGUGGUAGGAAGCAUGGAUGAGGUGAAAGUUGGAAAUAAGAUGGUCAAAGCCCGCCAGUACCCUUGGGGCAUCGUACAAGUGGAGAAUGAGAACCACUGUGACUUUGUCAAGCUCCGGGAGAUGCUGCUCUGCACAAACAUGGAGGAUCUGCGGGAUCAGACCCACACCAGGCACUACGAGCUGUACAGGCGCUGCAAGCUGGAGGAGCUGGGCUUUACGGACGUGGGCCCAGAGCAUGAGCCGCUCAGCCUCCAGGAGACCUAUGAAGCCAAAAGACAUGAAUUUUAUGGUGAACGCCAGAGGAAGGAGGAGGAAAUGAAGCAGACGUUUGUGCAGCGCGUGAAGGAGAAGGAGGCCAUGCUGAAAGAGGCGGAAAGAGAGCUGCAGGCCAAAUUUGAGCACCUUAAGAGGGUCCACCAAGAAGAGAGGAUAAAGCUUGAAGAAAAGAGAAGACUUUUGGAAGAAGAAAUAAUUGCGUUCUCGAAGAAGAAAGCUACCUCUGAGAUACACCAGAACCAGUCCUUCAUGGUCCCGGGCAGCAGCCUGAGGAAGGACAAGGACCGGAAGAAGGAACCAGGCUAUCGAUUCGAACUCCUGUGCUUUGAUGUCAGAGCUUGUGAAACGAGUGAUGGACGUACAGAUACAGAGGAAGGUAGAGGGGCCCCCAGGCCUCGGGGCGGCCUUGGUAGUGUGUGGCGGAGAUCCCAAGGCUUGUAGGUCUGGGCUCCAAUUUUAUGUAGAACAAAGGUUCCAGAUCACAGGAGAUCAUCACAAGCAAACGUUAUUAAAAUGUUAGCAGUGUGCUUUGAUUUUCUUGCUGUUUUUAUUUGCUGUAUCACUUGUUCUGUAUCUGGUAAAUGGC